AAAAGAAAAAAGAGAAGAUGGAGUUUAAGAGUGACCCACCUGUUGUUUUCCUACACAUCUGGACAUUAGGUGCAAAAUGAAGAUCAAGUUGAGAUUUUGUGAAAAGGUGGCUAGCGGUGCUUGCAUAAAACUGAGUUUUAGAAUCUGGGUAUUUCAGUUUCAAUCUUUAUUUUCUCUUGGUGAGGGUUAAAGUGACUAAAGUUUUGAAUUUUCUCACUUUUGAGUGGUGAUUGUGGUGCUUAAAGGAAGAUGAUUAUGUGAAGGGAGUGUGUAUCAGAGAUCUUCUCUGUGGGGGUGGUAGAAAUGGAACCUCCUAAGGGAAUUUGGGCUUCAUUGUGGAGCUUUAUCUGCUUUCUGCCUUAUUUCAUUGGCCUUAUGCUUCUAGGAACCAUUAAAGGUUUACUUCUCUGCCCAUUCAUAUGCCUAAUAAUGGCAGUUGGAAACUCAGCUCUCAUACUUGGUCUUUGGACUGCACACUGUAUUUGGACAUAUUAUUGUGUUGCAAGAACUACACAAUUAGGGCCUAUUCUGAAGAUUGUUACAUGCAUAAGUGUACUACCGGUGCUGUUGGUUUUGUGGCCGGCGGUUGGCGUCGUUGGGAGUAUUGUAGGCGGAGCAGCCUAUGGAUUUCUUUCGCCAAUUUUCGCUACUUUGAAAGCUGUAGAGGAAGGAAAAGAAGAUAAACUUUGGCACUGUUUUAUUGAUGGUACAUGGAGCACUGUUUCAAAGACCUUUGAUACUGUCAAGGAUGUAAAAAAUCUUUGUUACCAUUCUUAUUUUGAUGUUAUGGACGACUUGCGACUAGAAGGGCCUCCAGAUGACAAAUAUUACGAGAUCAGGCUGCAUUAUUUACUUGGUGCUGUUAUAGCUGCAGUUCUUGGGAUCAUAGUUGACACGCCAGCGGUAUCAUUUAUUGCCAUAUGCAAAGGUCCUUACAUGCUAUUUAAAGGGUGGAAUCGUUUGUUUCAUGAUCUUCUCGGCCGUGAAGGUCCUUUCCUGGAGACAAUAUGUGUGCCUUUUGCAGGCCUUGCAAUCCUUCUGUGGCCACUGGCUGUCAUUGGGGCCGUUCUGGCAUCCAUUAUAGCCAGUGUCUUUCUCGGUGCCUAUGCAGGUGUUGUGACCUACCAGGAGUCUAUCUUCUUUGGCCUUCGGUACAUUAUUGCAGCUUUAUCCCUUUAUGAUGAAUACAGCAAUGACAUUCUUGGCAUGCCAGAAGGAUCCUGCUUCCCUAGGCCUCAAUAUCGGAAAAAGGUCAAAAUAUCGCGGACAAUUUCCCAUUCGGACUCCCUGUCAAAGCUAAAUCGCCUACGAAAGACUCCUUCUCGAACAUUUUCACUGAAAGAUAAUAUUGUUGAGUUGAAACCACUGGAGGACUGUUAUAAUGAAGCUGAAACACUGGUUUCCGAAGAGCUGAUAACACGUGACGACAUAGAAGCGGCCAAGUCUGGUAAAGGGAGUAGAGUCAUUAGUAUUGGUUUGCCAGCAUACUGCCUUCUCCAGGUGCUGUUGCGCUCUGCGAAGGCCGAUUCUGAGGGUUUAUUGUUGAGUGAUGGUACCGAACUAACUGGCACAAACAAGCCAAAAGCUAAGAUUUUUGAAUGGUUGAUUAAUCCCCUUUUGAUCAUUAAAGAACAAAUCAAAGCAGAAGAUCUUUCUGUUUCGGAAGAGGACUACCUCGGCAAGUUGGUUCUCUUGAAUGGUCAUCCAAAUAGGGUAGAAAAUUCAACAAUAGCAGCUCCUGAAUCUGACCGCAAACGUGCUGAGCUUGAUGCAUUGGCCAGAAGGCUACAAGGGAUCACGAAAUACAUGACAAGGUUACCAACCUUCAAGCGGCGGUUCGAUGAUCUGGUGAAAACAUUGUCUCAUGAGCUUGCUGAGAGACAUGGAGGAGCAUCAUCAUCAACAACAAUCACCAGAUCAAAGAGUGCCUUUCCUCGAAUUAUGAGCAUGAAAUCCUCCAAAGGCAAAAGAACCAACGGUCUUGAUGAAGCGUCUGAACAUGCAAGAGAUUUAGAUACUUCAUUGUAAGAAGGAAAACAAUGUGUGUUCUCCAGAUAGCAGUUUUGCUCAAAGAAUGAUAUUUGUGUCUAUAAUAUGUUUGUAAGAAUAAGAAUAUUGUAAAAAUGGGUCCAAUAGAAUGCCUUAUAUUUCAAUCCAUUUGCAC